UUAGCCCCAUAAUUUCGUAACAGAUCGCCGCUUCGAAUCGAAUCCCUACUCCUUUCCUUCCGCCGCAAGCCGCCGCCGGUCCCCCACCGCCGCGCCGCCGACCUCUCGCGCGAUGAGCUCCACGUGCAGGUCGUGCGGCGAGGGCCCGGUGGUGUCCGACCCGGACUCGGGCGCGUUCGUCUGCACCUCCUGCGGCCUCGUCCACGACGCCGGCGCCGCGGAGUUCGUCCACCAGGCCACCUUCAACGACGCGGGCGGCCUCGACCUCCGCGUCUCCUCGCUCGUCCGCCACCACUCCGACUCCGCCUACCGGGACCAGAAGCUCGCCGGCGCCUCCGCGGUCAUCACCUCCAUCGCCGCCCGCCUCGGCCUCUCGCCGGCCCGCGCCGAGGAGGCCCUCCGCAUGGCCAAGUCCGCCACCGACGGAAACCUCGCCACCCCGGGCAGCGCCUUUCUCCCCGCCCUCGCCGCCGCAUGCUCCCUGCUCGUCGCGCGGUCCCACCGCCUCCCGCUCUCCCUCGCCGAGGCCGCCGCCGCCGCGUCCUGCCCCGCGCCCUCCCUCGCCGACCUCGUCUCCCGCGUCGCCGCCCAGCUCUCCCUCCCGCCCCUCCCGUGCUUCGACUACGCUGCCGCGCUCGAUCGUGCGGUGCGCCUCUCGCCCUCGCUCUGCGACGCCGCUGGCGAGAAGACGGAGGCGAUUCUCACCCAAGCCCAAUUCCUCCUUCGCUGCGCCUCCAAGUGGUCGCUCACCACCGGGCGGUACCCACUGCCCCUCGUUGCCGGGUUGGUCGCUUUGUCUGCUGAGGUAAAGGGGGUCACCUCUCUCUCUGUGGAAGAAAUUGCCCGGGACAUCUCGGCGGGACCGAGGACCAGCCUCCGUAGAUACAAGGAGCUCGUUGAUGCGCUGGUGCAUGUCGCGCGGCAGUUGCUGCCGUGGGGUGCCGACGUCAAUGCCAAAAACCUGCUCCUGAACGCACCUGUGCUGCUCCGGCUCAUGGAGAUGCGGUCACAAUCCGACCCGUCGGAACAGUUCCUUGAGAGCUUCGCUCCGGACAUGGCCGGCAUUGUGCAGGCGUACUCAUCUGUGGAUGACGACGAGUCGAAGUACCUCCAGAUUGUUCCCUUGGGUGCCGACAAUUUUGAUUUCGAGAAUUCUGGGCAGGAGGGGAAGGAAAUGGAGGAUAAGAAGAUCUCGGAGAAGUGCCUAUCAGAUGCUUACCAAAAUGUCUUGAAGAGGCUUGCUCAGCUACAGGAACUUGGGCAGGUUGGUAAAGGUGCUAACAAGAGGAAGCAGUGGAGAGGAGGGCUGGAGCUGGAACCAUGGAUGGAUUCAAUGGACGAUGGUUGGAAAAAGGACAUGACGCCUGAGGAGGUGGUGGAUAUUGACAUUGGCUAUGAUCCACCUCCACCCUCGUUUACUGCUGGAAUGGAGUUGCAGAGGCAGAGGAGAGUACGGAUUGAAGAUGCUAAGCAGCGAAUUGAUGCGAUUAGGAAGGCUCCUGCUCUUCCAGCAAAUGCAAAUCAUUCACAUCCCAUUCUGAGAAAUGAAGAGGUCUGUCCAGCACAGAAAUCGGCCAGGAAGAAACGAGGAAAGAAGAGGAUGGAUGACAGAGAUCGUAUCAUGCUCAGUGACAAUAUGGCAGAGAUGCCAGAUGGUCCAGAUGGCAGGAGGAAGAGACGGAAAAGAGGUUCCUGUGACGGUGUUGAUUGGGAAGAUUGCAUUAUCGAGCUCCUGCUAUUACAUGGUGCAAAUGAGGCAGAGAUCGAACAAGGCCAGUACAGAAGAUUGUUGGAGUUGCAUGUAUUCUGUGCAGUAAGUGGAAGAAGAUGAAAAUUGGCGAUGCAGUGUCUCAAGUCUUCAGUAUAUGAUCGCAAUCUUUCUUACUGGACAUAGGUUCUUAUUUUUCUAAAGUUCUGCAUUUUAUGUGAUAGAUAAAGUUCACUCUGAGUGCAAUUUUGUGGAGUUCAAUCAAGCUAAUUGUGGAAAGAACAUAUUGUGAUCGAGAAAUUAUAACACACAUGGAUUCUUUUUUGUUAUUCCCUGCUAAAACAAUCAGAAAAGUUCAACAGAGGAAUGCUAUGAACCCUAGCAAUUUUGAUUGCUUAGAUGACUAGGAAAUGUGUUAUUUUGUACAUUGCUAAACAGCUUAUUGAAUGAUAUACUUUGUUAGAUUCA